AUGGUUCAGGAGCCCAUGGGAAACUGUGCCAAGCGGCCUCGGCACCGGAGGCCUACGGACCACUGGCAGUGGCCCAGCUCCCCACCAGGAGGCUCCCACCAUGGCCCCAGGGAGCCCCCAGGCCCAGCUCUCCCACCAGGUGGCUCCCAGCCUGAGGAGCAGGGGGGCCCAGGGCCAGGCAUCCAGGGUUACUCAGUGCUCAGCAGCCUAGUGGGGCCGGCCUGCAUCUUCCUGCGGCCCAGCAUCGCCGCCACCCAGCUCGACCGGGAGCUGCGGCCAGAGGAGAUUGAAGAGCUGCAGGUCGCCUUCCAGGAGUUUGACCGGGACCGGGACGGCUACAUCGGCUACCGGGAGCUGGGCGCCUGCAUGCGGACGCUGGGUUACAUGCCCACCGAGAUGGAGCUCAUCGAGAUUUCACAGCAGAUCAGUGGCGGAAAGGUGGACUUUGAAGACUUCGUGGAGCUCAUGGGCCCCAAGCUGCUGGCAGAGACAGCAGACAUGAUUGGCGUCAGGGAGCUCCGGGACGCCUUUCGGGAGUUUGACACCAAUGGUGAUGGCUGCAUCAGCUUGGCGGAGCUGCGGGCAGCCCUCAAGGUCCUGCUGGGGGAGCGCCUCAGCCAGCGGGAGGUGGACGAGAUCCUCCAUGACAUUGACCUCAAUGGGGAUGGCCUGGUGGACUUUGAAGAGUUUGUGCGGAUGAUGUCACGUUGA